AUGUCAUCAUCUCCUGAGCUCAUUGAAUUAGUGGAAUUCCUCCAUUCUACUCAUCCGGCUGUAAUUCAACUUGCUAUCAACAAUUUAGUUGGAUUUUCUCAAGGCCCUCACAAGGCGGUGUUCUCGAAUAAUCAAUAUGAGCCCAUCAAAGAUCUCAAAAGAUUGUCCCAAGAAGUGUUUGACAAGCAGGUGGUCACCGAUGCCCUUACUAUUUUGGCAAACUUAUGUGAAGACGUUACUAUUCGUGACUUGAUAGUCGAAGAUGAAGACUACCUUAACUGGUUGGCCUUGCAAAUUUGUAACGUCAAGAACACUCAUGCUGAUUUAAUGUGCAUUUUAUUAACCAACCUUGCAAAGAAUGAUGCCAUCAACAAGAUAUUGGACAUGACCAUGCCAACGUCGGAGACGUUUCCGUCCGGGACCAUCAUCGAUAGCUUGAUGGAUUGUUUUGUCAAGGGGCAUGACCGCUCACUCAACCCUGCUGCUGAAUUUGAUUAUUUGGCUUACUUUUUUGCAGACAUAUCCAGAUUCAACCAAGGCAGACUGUUUUUCAUUACAGAACAACAAUACGAUGGCGUGGUACCGCUUCAAAAGCUUUUGGUUUUCACGGAAUUCCACAAGUCGAAAAUCAGAAGGGAAGGCGUUGCUUCCACCAUAAAGAACUCGCUAUUCGACACCAAUGCCCAUAUGAAACUUUUGAGUGACGAGAAGAUUAAUUUGUUACCUUACAUUCUUCUACCUCUUGCCGGACCCGAGGAAAUAGAUGAGGACGAAAUGUUCGAUUUACCCGAGGAGUUGCAAUUGCUCGAUGCCGACAAAAAGCGAGAGCCCGAAGCUUCCAUCAUCUGCACUCAUCUUGAGUCCCUUCUUUUGCUCUGUACCACACGUCAAGGAAGAGAGUACCUUAGAAGCAAGUCCGUUUACAGUAUCAUCCGUGAGCUUCACAAAGCCGUAGAAAAUGAGGAUGUUGCUGACUUAUGCGACCGAUUGGUGCAAAUGCUUCAACGUGACGAAGCUCCCGAGGAGGAAAAUAUAGAAAUCGAGUCUGAUGAUGAUGACAAGAUAGUUGAAGUCGCUUAG